AGUCGCUUCAUUUCCUUGAAGGUAGUCCUAUCUCAUUUUGUUUUUCAAAGAAGCCUCUUCAUUCCCAGCUCGCCUGCCAUGCCAACUGCCAUUAGUGCGUCUGUUGCCCCCCAAACGGGGGCUGAGCCCAGGUCCCCAGGGCCAGUUUCCCAUCCAGCCCAGGGCAAGACCACCGAGGCUGGGGGUGGAAACCCAAGUGGCAUCUACUCAGCCAUCCUCAGCCGCAAUUUCCCCAUCAUUGGAGUCAAAGAGAAGACAUUCGAACAACUGCACAAGAAAUGCCUGGAGAAGAAGGUCUUGUAUCUGGACCCUGAAUUCCCGCCGGACGAGACAUCCCUCUUUUAUAGCCAGAAGUUCCCCAUCCAGUUUGUCUGGAAGCGACCUCCGGAGAUCUGUGAGAACCCCCGGUUCAUCAUUGGUGGAGCCAACAGAACUGACAUCUGCCAGGGAGACCUAGGGGACUGCUGGUUCCUCGCAGCCAUUGCCUGCCUCACCCUGAACGAACGGCUGCUUUUCCGUGUCAUCCCCCAUGAUCAGAGCUUCACCGAGAACUACGCAGGCAUCUUCCACUUCCAGUUCUGGCGUUAUGGAGACUGGGUUGAUGUGGUCAUCGAUGACUGCCUGCCUACCUACAAUAAUCAACUGGUUUUCACCAAAUCUAACCACCGCAAUGAGUUUUGGAGUGCUCUGCUGGAGAAGGCUUAUGCCAAGCUACAUGGUUCCUAUGAGGCUCUGAAAGGUGGGAACACCACCGAGGCCAUGGAGGACUUCACCGGAGGGGUGACCGAGUUCUUCGAGAUCAAGGAUGCUCCCUGGGACAUGUACAAGAUCAUGAGGAAGGCCAUUGAGAGAGGCUCCCUCAUGGGCUGCUCCAUUGAUGAUGGCACCAACAUGACCUUUGGAACCUCUCCUUCUGGCCUCAACAUGGGGGAGUUGAUUGCGCGGAUGGUGAGGAAUAUGGAUAACUCGCUACUGAGGGAUUCAGACCUCAUACCACAAGGCUCAGAUGACAGACCAACCCGGACCAUCGUCCCUGUCCAGUAUGAGACAAGAAUGGCUUGUGGCCUGGUCAGAGGUCAUGCCUACUCAGUCACAGGGCUAGAGGAGGCCCUGUUCAAAGGUGAGAAAGUGAAGUUGGUGCGCCUACGGAACCCUUGGGGCCAGGUGGAGUGGAAUGGAUCUUGGAGUGACGGCUGGAAGGACUGGAGCUUCGUGGACAAAGACGAGAGGGCCCGUCUACAGCACCAGGUCACUGAGGAUGGGGAGUUUUGGAUGUCAUAUGAGGACUUCAUCUUCCACUUCACUAAGCUGGAGAUCUGCAACCUCACGGCUGACGCCCUGGAGUCUGACAAGCUCCAGACCUGGACCGUGUCAGUGAAUGAGGGCCGCUGGGUGCGAGGCUGUUCUGCUGGAGGCUGUCGCAACUUCCCAGACACGUUUUGGACCAACCCCCAGUACCGACUGAAGCUCCUGGAGGAGGACGACGAUCCUGACGACUCCGAAGUGAUCUGCAGCUUCCUGGUGGCCCUGAUGCAAAAGAACCGGCGGAAAGACCGCAAGCUGGGGGCCAACCUCUUCACCAUUGGCUUCGCCAUCUACGAGGUUCCCAAAGAGAUGCACGGAAACAAGCAGCACCUGCAGAAGGACUUUUUCCUAUACAACGCCUCCAAGGCCAGGAGCAAGACUUACAUCAACAUGCGGGAGGUGUCCCAGCGCUUCCGCUUGCCCCCCAGCGAAUACGUCAUUGUGCCCUCCACCUAUGAGCCCCACCAGGAGGGUGAAUUCAUCCUGAGGGUCUUCUCGGAAAAGCGGAACCUCUCAGAGGAAGCUGAGAAUACAAUCUCUGUGGACAGACCCGUGAAGAAGAAAAAAGCCAAGCCCAUCAUCUUCGUUUCCGACAGAGCAAACAGCAACAAGGAGCUGUGUGUGGACCAGGAGUCCGAGGGCAAAGACAAAUCAAGCCCUGAUAAACAGGAGCCGUCCCCACAGCCACAGCCUGGCAAUACUAACUGGGAAAGUGAAGAGCAGCAGCAGUUCCGGAACAUCUUCAAGCAGAUAGCAGGUGAUGAAAUGGAGAUCUGUGCAGAUGAACUCAAGAAUGUCCUUAACACAUUGGUGAAAAAAGAUCAGGACCUGAAGAUGCAGGGGUUCACACUGGAGUCCUGCCGAAGCAUGAUCGCACUCCUGGAUACCGAUGGCUCUGGAAGGCUGAACCUGCAAGAGUUCCAUCACCUCUGGAAGAAGAUCAAGGCCUGGCAGAAAAUUUUCAAGCGCUAUGACACAAACCAAUCUGGAACCAUCAACAGCUAUGAGAUGCGGAAUGCCGUCAAUGAUGCAGGGUUUCACCUCAACAGCCAGCUCUAUGACAUCAUCACCAUGCGCUACGCAGACAAGCACAUGAACAUCGACUUCGACAGCUUCAUCUGCUGCUUCGUCCGGCUGGAGGGCAUGUUCAGAGCCUUUCAUGCAUUUGACAAGGAUGGAGAUGGUGUCAUCAAACUCAAUGUGCUGGAGUGGCUGCAGCUCACCAUGUACGCCUGA